UGUAUAUGGCAGAUCUGGAUAACAGCAACGGCGACCUCAGCGAGAUCUCGUGCGUUGUGAACGCACACGCGACAGGAGCUUCUCCGAGGAAAUUUACAAUGGCUUUGUGACCGAAGAGUCGCUUUGAGCUUCGAGAACCUUCGAGACACAGACUGGCUUCGGAGAGGAAGAAAGUAAUCCCACCGCUACCCUUCGCCAAUACGCCAAAGUCAAUGCGCUCCACCAUUCUAGUGCUGGAGCUGCUUUACCGGUACUUUUCAAACGCAUCUCCUCACUAACAGACACCGACUCGGGUUGAAUUCAAGCCGGGGAGCUGUCGAGAAGCAGCCGUUGGAGGUUACAAGAGAGCUUUCCUGUCGAGCUGCUUCACCUGGGCUGAGAGAAAGCCAAAAUAAAACAAGGAAGGGGACGAAAGUGUGCCCAUCGACCCCCUUUCCAUCAGUAUGGAUUGGUUAAUGGGGAAGUCUAAGACGAAGCCAAAUGGAAAGAAGCCGCCUACAGAGGAGAAGAAGCCGUACCUAGAGCCAGACUGCACCAAAGUAAGGGUCGUCGACUUCGACCUUAAGGAGCUUGUGGUGUUGCCACCUGAGAUCGACCUGAACGAAUGGCUCGCCAGUAACACCACGACGUUCUUCAAUCUGAUCAACCUGCAGUACAGCACGGUGUCCGAGUUCUGCACGGGAGAUACGUGUCCCAUCAUGUCGGCCUGCAACACGACGUACUACUGGUAUGAUGAGAAAGGGAAGAAGACAAAAUGCACAGCACCACAGUACAUCGACUUUGUCAUGAGUUCAGUCCAGAAGCUCGUCACUGAUGAGGACAUCUUUCCCACAAAGUAUGGCAAAGAGUUCCCGAACGCCUUCGAUUCGCUAGUGAAGAAGAUCUGCCGCUACCUUUUCCACGUGUUGUCGCACAUCUUCUGGGCUCACUACAAGGAGACGGUGGCCAUGGAGCUGCACGGACACUUAAACACGCUCUACACACACUUCAUCGUCUUUAUACGGGAAUUCAACCUGAUGGACCCCAAGGAGACGUCCAUAAUGGACGACUUGACCGAGGCCCUGUGCACCCCCCUGCCCCCUCCUCCACAGAAUCAUGUGACGGAGAGAUGAGGCUCGCACUCGUCUCCCCUCCAUACAUCUGCUCAGGGGAGGACUGAAGGACCGCCCUUUCACCUCCCACAAACUUCGCUCUCUUUUUUACGACCCGGUCAGGAUGGGUCAGCCUGGAUUGCGGGUGGCAGCACUCGCCGAAAUCCCCCCCCGCACCCCCAUACCCCACCCCACUCCCACCCUUCCAGAGGUUGUACUGUUCUGCGAGCCCUUUAACCAGGAAGCAUUCACACUUUCACCCUCUUCCCCCUUUUUUUGUUGUUUUUUUUUUUCCAGUUGGUUUGGCUUUCUCAUGCCCAUGUACUAAUGAGUUUGGGUUCGGAAUAUGGGACACUAGGUUUGGUUUCUCUCUUCCUCCUAACAUUAGCACCAUCUGUACAUCCAUGUUAGAACGAGAAGAUGUGAGGAAGAUACUAGUGGCACUGUUUUUCUGUACAGUUUAAGAAGACUAAACCGUAGUCCUGGUCGUCUACAGAGUCUUCUUAAUCAUAUAAGGUGUUUUUUGUUUUUGUUUUUGUUUUGGAGGCAAAACGAGUGUGAAAUUUAGACCUUCAGGACCAGACUGUUUACCCAUAAUCCUUUAAGUCUGACUACUUUCCACCCAAGAUGCUCUUUAACCCAGCGUCUUACACAAUGGCUGCAUCUUUUCAUUGUUUUUUUUUCUUUCUUUUUUUUUUCUUUUCUAAUAUACUAGAUAAUCUAGUAUUAAUUAAUCUAGAUAAUCUACAUUAUGCCCCCUGAGCGCUCCUCCAGCACCAGAGCGCACCACAGGCGGCCAUGUUGGAUCCAUCUAGGAAAAAGAGCACCAGUCCGAAGGCCUCGCUUCGUGGUGCUUUUCCAUUAUGCAGCACAAUGACAAAGACAUUUUGUCUGCUACAUUUGAUCGUUCCAUAUCCCAUAUAAAGGUACAUCAGAUUUCCCCUCCAUGUUUCAUUUAAAAAAAUGCCCGAGGGGGACAAUUAGAUCGGAAUCGUUUCAGAAUCGAGGUAUCGCCCUGGCUCGCUUUGUAAGGACACUUUCAAAAUGGAAACGUGGCAAAAGAAUGUAAAACCUAGUCUUUAUGUAUUUAACUGUUUGAGAAAAUUAUCCAGAGUGAAUGAGUGACGGAUCGAACGGGGGAAAUAAAAGGUGUAUGUAAGCAUGAAAGAGAAAGAAAGAUAUUUUAAAGUCCUCCCUUCAUCACUGUUCAGAGAGUUCUCUUGGGUAGAGGUUCUCUCAUUAGAGGGUUGGAUGUUCAUUUUAAUUUAUUAUCUUUUUUUUUCCCCCAUUUUUGGUUUAGUUUUGGCUUCUUUUUUUUUCUGGACACAGUUCUGGCUUUCAUUUUUAUGUAUUUUAAUAAUACUUAAGUUAAAAGCGAUUUAAUAUUUUAAGCUCUGCAAAUUAUACCCUAAUAAAAUAUUUAAAAUGUCACUAA